GUGAACUGUUUUUCUCAUCUUGCCCAAACCCUUAUGGUUUGUUGAGAUUUUUACUGACGAUAAUAUAGAGUUCUGGUUUUAGAUUUCACGAUAAUACGAUGUCUGUUUUUGUGAUGAUAUGUCUUCUUAUGACGACUGUUCAAUGUGCUACCUGUACAAAGUGUUCAUCCAACUGCAUAUGUUUUCAAGGUGACGAUGGAAACCUGGCUGCCAAGUGUAACAUCAAAGAAAAUACCAAACUUGUCCUACCAGUGUACGUAACAACACUAGAUCUUUCCAACAACAGUCUGACUGAUAUUCCAGAUAAAGUUUUCCAAGUUACACCAUAUCUUAUCCAUCUGAUUUUAGCAAACAACCGCAUCAAGCGAAUAGAAGAAAAAAGCUUUCAAAACCUAAGUUAUGUUAGUUCAAUAGAUCUAUCAAACAAUGGGCUGAAAGAAUGGAAAGUUGACGCUAAAUAUGAGCUAUCGCAGCUACGUCACGUCAAACUCGUUGACAACCCCUUCAUACCUGGUCAGCAAUUACUCACACUACCCAUGCUAAUAGCAGUUGAAGGAGUUUCUUGGAGUAAAAGCUGCCCAAAUUGUUUAUUGAUUAAAACGGACUUGGUUAAGAAUCUAUCGGCAGCCACAGAAGUAGAGUUCUGUGAAGUAAGUCCAAAAGAUUUUCACUGGCAUGAUGAAGUACGUUACGGUUUGUCCUUUCGGUUGGCUCAAAAUGGUUUUUCUGCACAGUGUCUCUGUGCAAGUCAACAAUGCGCUUCAGAAGAGAAAGACAUGCCUUACAGUCUUGAGCUUAACUAUAUCAUCAGACAGCUCUUUUAUGUCGAGUAUAUACUGGGAACCACUGCAAUCAUUGCAAACUUAGUUGUCGCCCUAACAAUAAUUCUGUCACGCAGUCUCCACAAGCCAUCAUUUAUAAUGAUAUGCAACAUAGCAUUGUGUGACCUUCUUAUGGGUGUUUACUCGAUUCUGAUUGGACGAUUCACUGUUUAUGAGUUCAUUGUUCAUCAAGACCGUUAUCCAAAUAUGGAUGUGUUUGUCAACGAUUACUGCUCAGCUAUGGGUUUCAUUUUCUCUACGUCACAGCUGGUUGCCGUGCCAACAUCAUUACUGAUGACAAUUGAAAGGUUUUUGAGUAUCGUUUACUGUAUGAAUCCUGGUCGUCGCUUAGGAACGAAAAAAUGCAUGAUUAUUUGCGUUUUUUUCUGGUUUGCUGGACUAUCGUAUGCUAUACUACCGCUGGUCCGUGUGGGUGGUCUGCGGUAUCAUGGUGAAUAUCAAUGUAUGCUACCAUUCGUCAAUGGUGAACACCAGACUGACGUUAGCAAGUCUACAWUGGUUAUAGCAAUUCUACUUGCAUUGGUUUAUCUGAUUACCGUAAUUUUAUAUAUACCGAUAUAUAGAUAUGUCAAGAAUAAUAGCAUAAGUGUUGGUGUCAAACGAAAAGCCACUUUAGCAAAGAACAUCGCCAUUAUGAUCUCCACGAACUUUAUGUUCUUCCUGGCUCCUCUGAUAUCGACUCUUAUCUUUGUUUACUGCUAUGACACAUUUGCUGAACUACUAAAAGUUGACACACUGAGAAAGUUUCAGAUCUACUUAAUCUUUCUUUCCUGGCUUCCUGUAGUGCUACUUAACAUAAACUCUUGUUUGAAUCCUUUUCUCUGCGCAUUCAGACAUCCUCAGUUUCAAGCACAGAUAAUGUUGACAGUGAAGAGAAUCAGAAGACAAGAACCCUAUAGAAAUAGUACUACCCCUGGAGCACAGACAAUUAAAACUAUCCGCGUCAUAACUCUCGGUGAUUUUUCAUCUCGAAAUGCUGAAGAAAUUGGUGUGAACAAUUGUGCUUUUGAACAGACGACACACGUCUGUCAAACCUCUCUAGACACCAAUGACAUCAAGUGAGAUUUGAGUGGUGCGAAAUCGAUCAUUGACUGCACUACCAGGAAACUGAACUUCAAAGGAUUGCACGAUCAUAAUAAUGGUGAUGAUGAUCAUUAUUAUUUUACGACUGUAGAUAAACGUAUGCGAAGUGCGCGCAGUUAAACAUAAUUAGAAAAUAUGAUAUUGAAAU